AUGCAGCGCUUAAGUUUUAUUUCCCUUCAGUGUGGUAAGAAUUAUUUAAAUGAAAACUUGACCCAACAGAAGGAUGCAAUGUCCAGUAUGAUCGACAUAGCGCUGAGGAUGAGGAGAGAGGAGCAGGCCCAUCAGCUGGUCCUAGCCUGGGCUGUGCUCAACGGCUCUGUGGCUGGGAUGAUGUACACUACAGUGCCGGGGAAAUUGAUAAGCCGAUACUGUAACGUCACCUACUGGCCCGUUUGUUACAUUGAACUGGCGCUUGCCUUCCUCUUUAGCCUCAAUGCUCUUUUUGAUUUCUGGAAAUAUUUCAAAUACACCAUGGCUCCAUCCACCAUUGCUGUGUCCCCCUAUCAGCAUCGUCUCCUGGGCCUGAUGAACACAAGUAUUCGGGCCUCUCUGCCACAGAAGCCAGAAAAAAAGGAGACCCCGGCUCCAGGCCAGCUGGGGCAGAGCGUACUGAGUUUCAGCCCCUCUCGACCAGCAACCACCAGCCCCAUGUUCUCCCCCAGUUGUGUACCUGGGUACAGCCCUCCCCUCGGCAGUCCGUCCACCCCAAACAGCACAGGGGGACUCUUUUCCUCCUCUGUGGCCUUUGGAAAGGUGUGGAACUACAGCCCUUCCCCUGGUUACUCUCCCUACCCCAGCAACAUUGGUCGAGCAGACGGCUCCAGCCUGAGGGCUCGAUGUUACACUUCACCCGCAAUGUUUAACUCCCCAGGAAGCAAGGAGAACUACAUUGAUGAUCUGAAAAGUCUGGAGAGGUUCCUCCACCAAGAAGAGAAGAAGGCUCAUCACAGCCAACUUGAAUGUCCAGAGUUUGUGGCUCCAUACCACAGUCCAACAUUUUGGAACAACAACUGCUCUGCGGGGGCUAAUGCUCACAGUCUGAGGAAAUUCCUGUACCAGUCAGCCAGCCGCUCUCAGGCCCCGUCCGACCACAAGGAUGGGACAGACCUGGGUACCAAAAAGGCUAUAGAGAAGGUAUGGGCCAGACUCCCAACCAGUCGCCUGGUAGAGAACCGCUUCAACAGCUGGACAACCAAGCUUAGGACUUGGAUAAAUGACACAAUCCUGGUCCCUCUGGUGAAGGAAAUAGACCCGGUGAACAGUAAGCUCAGGAGGAUGGGCUGCCCUGCGCUCCAGAUAGGAAAGGCCACUAUAAGCGAUCUGAAAAUGGCAGCGGUGAUGAAAGCCUCAUCCAUCCCCAACAUGAACACUAUUGUCCAGUACCUGGACAUCACAUGCAACCAGGAAUAUCUCGUGGAACGGAUAAAAGAGCUGGCUCACAACGGCUGCAUGAGCGCCUUCCGUUGGAACCGGGGUGGAGAUCGGAGGAACAAGAAGUGGGACAUACACCUCCCCACUGACAGUGCUAUCCUCAUGCACAUGUUAUGCACCUACUUGGACCGCAGACUACCCCCUGAUCCAAAGUAUCCAGACGGGAAGACGUUCACUUCACAGCACUUCACCCACUACCAAGACAAACCUGAUGGAACCAAAGAGAACCAAUUCUGCAUCCACCAAAGCAGCACCACUCCUCCUCACUACCAGCUCAUCUACCAGGGACACAUCUACAGUCUACCCGAGGGCCGGAACAACCUGUUCUAUACAAUUCUCAUGUUUCUCUACAUCAUCAAGACCAAGGAGUCAGGGAUGCUGGGGCGGGUAAAUCUUGGCCUCUCUGGUGUGAACAUCAUGUGGAUAUUUGAAGACUGAUGCAUUGUAUUAUACAAGCAUCAAAAGAAAAAUGCCACUGGGUGUUAUUAUUUCUUCUCUGCUCCGCUACACUGGUUGGAAUAUCCACCUUAAUGUAAGGACAGCGCUGUAAGGGACACAUAGGGGUUCUUAAAAGCGCUUCUCUUUGACAAUGAAUGCAUAUUUGUGAACAGUUUCACAAUUUAUAUGUACACGUUGCUAGCAUGACGUAGUUUCAUUGAUUUUUUUUUUUUAUGAUACAAUCCAUAGUUGCAUUUUUAACAUUGUUUUGUUUUCAGAUUUUUUAUUUAUUUAAGAAUGCAUCAGCAUUGGACCCUUGUCAAAAUAUACCUCAUAACAGGUGGAUUACAAAGGGUUAAGGCUUGAAUGUAAAUACAGUGAGUUUGGACUUAGUUCUUCAGCAUCAGUCAAAUUUUGCAGCUAGUAUGCAGCCUUUUCUUGUUUGUUUAUUUUCUAAUCUGUUGUAGAAUGACUGCAGUAAUGGACAUACACCUGACAUGUGCUUGAAGUUACUUGUAAAAAAUGGACUUGUGCAAAAUGCAACGCUGCGAUGAUGUAAUUCAUUUUUGUCUGUACACAUUAUUAUGUUCAGUGUUCAUUUUAAUGCAAAGCCUCUGAAUGCAUGUCUUCUAGAAAGGAGCUGUGAGUGCCAUUUAUCUUGUCCUGUCAUCAGCCAUUCAUUACAUUUAAUACUUUUACAUGUUUGCUUGUUUCUUCUUGUAAUUACUUGACUACUGUUUAUUUCUCAAUUCAUCUCUUUUUCUUUCUUUUUUUUAAUACACUUUCAAAUAUCCUGCCUG